AACUCAAGCACAGGUGGUUUUCUUCCGGUCUUCACAUCUUGUUCUCUUCUGUUCUGUCCCUUGUACCUCCGAUAGACCAGAGACCGAAAAACACGGAGACAGACAGGGGAGACAGAAUUAGAGCUUACCUUAAAAAAGAAAUCUCCCAGAAAUGCGGAGCAUACCGUUGGGUACCACAUUAUCAACUCCAACUUCCAUUAACAACUGCAUUAAUACGAACUCUCCUCCUCUGUCUUUCCUUUUCAAGAAACUCUACUACCCACCUCUCUCUUUUCCCUCUCCUAGGGUUUCUCAUGACCCAAAAUCAGGAGUAUGCCGAGCCAGCCAAGUGGUUGAACUAUUCCCCACUAUAUCUCCCGAGAUUGUUGUCAGGGAGGCAAGGUUGGAGGACUGUUGGGAAGUGGCUGAGACACAUUGUAGCUCCUUCUUCCCUGAAUAUUCCUUUCCGUUAGACUUCAUGCUUCGAAUUGAUAGGAUGGUGGCAAUGCUGUCGGGGUUUACCACACCACCAGGUUGCCGGAGAACGUGUUUAGUUGCUGUUAUUGGUAGCUCGGUGGAUGAAACCUUCUGCUUGGGAAGUGAAGAUUUCAAAAUUGGAGGUUUUGAUGGAAAAAUUAGUCUUAAUAAGGGCUAUGUGGCUGGGAUAUUAACCGUGGAUACAGUGGCUGACUUCCUUCCACGCAAAGGACCUCUCCGGCAGAGAAGGACUGGAAUUGCAUACAUUUCAAAUGUUGCAGUUCGUGAGAGAUUCCGGCGGAAGGGAAUAGCUAAAAGACUGAUAGCGAAAGCAGAGGUCUUAGCCCGGAGCUGGGGCUGCCGAACAAUUGCAUUGCACUGUGAUUUGAACAAUCCUGGGGCAACAAGAUUGUACAAAGGCCAGGGUUUCAGAAGCAUUAAGGUUCCUGAAGGAGCAAACUGGCCCCAACCCAAGACCUCUCCAGAUAUCAAUUUUAACUUCAUGAUGAAGCUUUUGAACACUCCAACAACUUCCAUUUAAGUCAAGAUUUAUCUUCAAAAAAAGACCCAAAAAAUAUAAAAAGUAAAAAUUAGAAAUAUACCAUAUCAGAAUUAGCUUGUAUAUAAUGUAAACUAUGUUAGUACAGCCGCCUUUAUAAAUAUGAUU